CUCAUGGCCCUUCAACUGCCUGGAACUGGAUUCUGGACCGGGCACAAAAAUGCUUGCUUUUGCCUUGUCCAAGUUUCAGAGCACGUAUGUUGACAAUUGGAAUCCUGAGCCAAUCAAGAAUUAAGUUCAAGGUGGUACUCCUGGGCUCUCCAUCCCAGACUUCAACAAGUCUAAUUUGAGACCAGAAGAGAGGGGUCUCCUGCUCUAUUAGAUCUCCGUUCUGGAAUUGGACUUGACAGCUCUUCUCACCAAUACUUGGACUGCAGUGGCUUCAGGGUUCUCUUAGGGGGGUUGGGAAGGGUUCUCUCUGAAGACCAGACCAAAACGCUCAGAACCUUGACAAUGGACCGAGUUUAUGAAAUGCCUGAGGAGCCAAAUGUGGAUCCGAUUUCAUCUCUGGAGGAAGAUGUCAUCCGUGGGGCCAACCCCCGAUUUACCUUUCCAUUUGGCAUCCUUUUCUCUACCUUCCUGUACUGUGGGGAGGCUGCAUCUGCCUUGUACAUGGUUAGAAUCUAUCGAAAGAAUAGUGAAACCUACUGGAUGGCAUACACCUUUUCCUUCUUUAUGUUUUCAUCCAUUAUGGUCCAGUUGACACUCAUUUUUGUCCACAGAGAUCUGGCCAAAGACAAGCCACUCUCAUUGUUUAUGCAUCUAAUACUUUUGGGACCUGUUAUCAGAUGUUUGGAGGCCAUGAUUAAGUACCUCACACUGUGGAAGAAAGAGGGGCAGGAGGAGCCCUAUGUCAGCCUCACCCGAAAGAAGAUGCUAAUAAAUGGCGAGGAGGUGCUGAUAGAAUGGGAGGUGGGCCACUCCAUCCGGACCCUGGCUAUGCACCGCAAUGCCUACAAGCGUAUGUCACAGAUCCAAGCCUUCCUGGGUUCAGUGCCCCAGCUGACCUAUCAGCUCUAUGUGACCCUGAUCUCUGCAGAGGUCCCCCUGGGUAGAGUUGUGCUAAUGGUCUUUUCCCUGAUAUCUGUCACCUAUGGGGCUACCCUCUGCAAUAUGUUGGCUAUCCAGAUCAAGUACGAUGAAUACAAGAUUCGCCUCGGGCCACUAGAAGUUCUCUGCAUCACCAUCUGGAGGACAUUGGAAAUUACUUCCCGCCUUCUGAUUUUGGUGCUCUUCUCAGCCACUUUGAAAUUGAAGGCUGUACCCUUCUUAUUGCUCAACUUCCUGAUUAUCCUCUUUGAGCCUUGGGUUAAAUUCUGGAGGAGUGGUGCCCAGAUGCCCAAUAACAUUGAAAAAAAUUUCAGCCAGGUUGGCACCCUUGUGGUGCUGAUUUCCAUUACCGUACUCUAUGCUGGCAUCAACUUCUCUUGCUGGUCAGCAUUGCAGUUGAAGUUGGCAGACAGGGACCUUGUUGAAAAAGGUCAGAACUGGGGACAUAUGGGCCUGCACUAUAGUGUGAGAUUGGUAGAGAAUGUGAUCAUGGUCCUGGUUUUUAAGUUCUUUGGAGUGAAAGUGCUAUUGAAUUACUGCCAUUCCUUGAUUGCCUUGCAGCUCAUUAUUGCUUACCUGAUUUCCAUUGGUUUCAUGCUCCUUUUCUUUCAGUACUUGCAUCCAUUGCGCUCACUCUUCACCCACAACAUAGUGGACUACCUCCACUGUGUCUGUUGCCACCGGCACCCUCGGGGCAGGGUUGAGAACUUGGAGCCAUCAUUUGAUGCUGAAGCAAGGCAAAGUGUUGUCUAAUUCUAUCUCCUGGGUAUUUGGGGAUGGGUUUGGGGUGGCCAAGAACAACUGUGAAAUUUAAGGAGGGGAUGAGGCUCAUAGCUGAAUACCCACCAGAAUGUUUUCCUGAGUUUUCUGGUAAGCUUUUCAGAAGAAAGAGCAGCCCUCAAAUAGGUUUUAUUUCCUUAAGAUCGACUGCUAUGUUUGGACACCAAGAUAGCCACCAUAUAUUCAGAAGGGUCCGAGAUAGCAUUUACACUCCUCCCACUCAGGUCAGCUGUCUCGUCUCCCUAUGGGAUAACUUACCUCCAUGCACCUUAGGCUCUCAGUGACCUUCUAGCUCUGCUCAUUUGCUUGAGGUGCAUUACUGAGCUUUCCCGAGGCUAAGCUGAAAGCCCAGAAUCAGACUAGAAUAUAUCCUGACUGAUCAGAGGAUGUGACCGCUUACUAUGUUUACCCUUCAGGAAAAAUUCUGACUAAUGUGGAACAUGUAAGUGUAGCUGGAGUCUUUAAUUCCAAUGAGAAACUCUGGUUAAGAAGAAAAAACCCUACUAUUAAAAGAGCUGCCCCCGAAAUGAGUUAGCUUUCCAUUAGGAUUUUACUAAUGAUCAUUCAUCAAGGACCUCUCUUUUCAGCAGCCUAUUGUAGGCACACUCUGAGGAGGGAGUGGAGAGUAGGAUUCCUUCAGGGCACAUGCCAGAAUGACUUUUUCUCAGGGACCUGCAUAGACCUGCAGCUUGUACGUACAGUGGAGUGGUUGAGUAAAAUCUCUCACUUUGUAGCUCAUUAUCAGGGAUUCCCUCCAACCCAGCUUUUCUGUGCUUCUGGCAUUUUACUACUUGAUAUGAACCUCAGAGAAGGUGAACUGUAAUUAAAAAUGUUUCUAAUGUGUGUAAGAAAUGAAGAUUUCAUUGUGUCUUCUACUGACGAGUAUUUUGUUGAUUUGUUUUUUUAAGGGAGAGAGAAUAGCUUGGAUAUCACCUUCAUGUUGUUUGGGGUUGAGAUGGUGGCUGACACCCUAAGGUAGAGUGAAGGCAGAGGAGGGAAAUAAGAUCACAGUAAAUCAUGUGACAUGGGAUUUUAUUUUCUAAUUUGGAGCAUAUGUUUAUCAUUCCCAUACCCCUAAUGGAUGAAUGCAAGUCUCCAAUUCUUGUGU